AACUGGCCCAGUCCCACUCUCUCGGCCCACGGCUCGGCAGCGCAUCGGAAACAUUCAGACCUGGUCAGAAGACCUUCCACCGCCUCAGGUACAACUGCACACGUUGGCUUCUCUGUGUUGUCCAUCGUUGUCUUUAACACAGCUGGCUCAAAUGAAUCUCCCACAUUUCAUCACUUUUCUUAUAUAUCUUUAAAAACUGCUAUUUUAAUAAGCCAUGUUUGUUUAUUUUUUCAUUGCCUUAAUUGAUUGAAACUCAAAAGAAAAAUACUUUUGUGUAGCUUAUUUAUCUGGCAUUUUUACACAUUUAAAGGACUAAAUAGGAAUGGUAACUCCAGUUCAGCAUGGGCUUCUUCAAAAUAUUAUUUCCUAAAAUGGAUCAUUAAGAAAUGCACAUAAAAAAAGGUUAAAACAUAUGGCUUUUCUUUAAAUACUACAGGAUCUUUUAUUACAUUUAUGGCAUUUAGCUGACACUUUUAUAUAAAAUGACUUACAAUUAUGACCUAAUACAACUUCUGCAAUUGAGGGUGAAGGGCCUUGCUCAGUGGCAAUUUAGAAUUGGUGGGGCUUGAACCAGCAACCUUCUGAUUACAAGUCAAGUACCUUAACCACUGAGCUACUACUGUGUUUGUGUCAGACAGGGAGGAUUAUUGCAGUGUUGUAGUUCUCCGUUCUCUGGGGCAAGCUUUUUUGGUGUCUGGGUAGCACAUGGUGCUUGUAACACCAAGGUGGAAUGGGAAGAUGGACGUCGAAAGUCAGAAACUCCUCUUGGUAGCCAUGACCCCCGAACAGCAGUCCAGCUUCGUACUGCUCUGAAGAGACUUAAAGAGAUCAUGGAGGGAAAGAGUCAGGACAGCGACCUGAAGCAGUACUGGAUGCCGGACAGCCAGUGCAAGGAGUGCUACGACUGCAACGAGAAGUUCACCACCUUCCGCCGUCGGCACCACUGCCGCCUGUGCGGCCAGAUCUUCUGCAGUCGCUGCUGCAAUCAGGAGAUCCCUGGCAAGUUCAUGGGCUACACGGGAGACCUGCGAGCCUGCACCUACUGCCGUAAGAUCGCGCUGAGCUACGCGCAUUCGGCUGACACAGGCUGCCUUGGGGAGGACUUGAGCGCCCUGUCCGACUCUCCUUGCUCCGUGUGCGUGCUGGAGCCCACCGAGCCGCGCACGCCCGGCGGCGGCCGCAAGGCCAGCCGAAACAUCUUCCUGGAAGAAGACCUCGCCUGGCAAAGAAAAACUGCCAUUGGGAUGAGGAAGAAUUUGAUCCAUCAGGAGUCUCAAAAUAGUGGCCUCAGUUCUAGAUUGUCAGCCGUGCAAGAAGACUUGGGCAAGUCCCCAGCAAGAAAGAGGUCAGCUAGUGUGACCAAUUUGUCUCUGGACCGUUCCGGCUCCAUGGUUCCCACCUACGAUAGCUCUGUGAGCCCCCAGGCCAGCCGAACCACAUCCAAACCUGACCACAGUGAAGAAGAACGCAAGAUCCUUCUGGAUUCAUCACAGUUAAAAGACCUGUGGAAAAAAAUCUGCCACAGUAACACAGGGAUGGAGUUCCAGGACCACCGUUACUGGCUGCGCACUUAUCCCAACUGCAUUGUGGGUAAAGAGCUAGUUAACUGGCUCUUAAGAAAUGGCACUAUUUCUAAUAGGGCUCAGGCUAUAGCCAUUGGACAAGCUUUGGUUGAUGGGCGCUGGCUUGACUGUCUCACUCACCAUGAUCAGAUUUUCCGUGACGAGUAUGCUCUGUAUCGCCCUCUGCAGAGCACAGAGUUCUCAGAGACUCCGUCCCCAGACACUGACAGCAUAAACUCCGUAGAGGGUCACUCCGAACCAUCAUGGUUCAAAGACAUCAAGUUUGACGACAGCGACACGGAGCAGCUAGCUGAUGACAACGAUUACAUAACCCUCAACUCGGCCAGCCCCAGCAAGCGGACAUCGGUCAGCAGCUUCCAGUCGGCGGUGGACAGCGACUCAGCUGCCUCCAUCAACCUGAACGUGGAGCAGGACAACGUCAACUUCCACAUCAAGAAGCAGGCCAAGUACCCCCACGUGCCCCCGCACCCGGCCGAGCAGAGAAGUACGGUGCACCCUGACCCUUUUGCCCACGACCCCGACUUCCACGCACCAUCUGAAGUCCUGGUCUCUGAAGACGGAGUUCAGCAUAUAUCCAUCAGCGAUGCCUUCAUCAAAGAGUCUCUGUUCAAUCGGCGUGUAGAGGAGAAGGCCAAGGAGAUGCUCUUCACCCCCCUUGGAUGGCACCACAGCUCCUUGGACCAGCUGAGGGAGGAGAAUGGGGAGAAGAAGGCCAUGGAGAGACUUCUGUCGGCCAACCACAGCCACAUGAUGGCGCUGCUGCAACAGCUGCUCUACAGCGAGUCGCUCUCUCUCUCCUGGCGUGACAUCAUCGUGCCCGUGGUGCGGCAGGUGGUGCAGGCGGUGCGUCCAGAUGUGCGCGGCUGUGACGACGACAUGGACAUCCGCCAGCUGGUACACAUCAAGAAGAUACCCGGAGGAAAGAAGUUCGACUCCGUUGUGGUGAAUGGUUUCGUCUGCACGAAGAACAUUGCUCACAAGAAGAUGAACUCCUAUAUCAAGAACCCCAAGAUCCUACUGCUGAAGUGUUCUAUUGAGUACCUUUACAGAGAAGAGACAAAAUUCACCUGCAUUGACCCAAUUGUGCUACAGGAGCGAGAAUUUCUGAAGAACUACGUGCAGCGGAUAGCGGACGUGCGUCCCAACCUGGUCCUAGUGGAGAAGACAGUGUCGCGCAUCGCCCAGGACAUGCUGCUGGAGCACGGCAUAACCCUGGUCAUCAACGUCAAACCUCAAGUGUUGGACCGAGUAAGCCGAAUGACUCAAGGGGAUCUAGUCAUAUCUAUGGAUCAGCUUUUGACUAAACCACGUUUGGGUACCUGCCACAAGUUCUACCUUCAUUCCUUCCAGCUGCCCAACACCAAUGUUCUAACAGAUGAGAUGAAGACGCUGAUGUUCUUUGAGGGCUGCCCUCCUCAGCUGGGCUGCACCAUCAAGCUUCGUGGCGCCUCCGAGUAUGAGCUGGCCCGGGUGAAGGAGAUCAUCACCAUGAUGGUGUGUGUGGCCUACCACUCCCAGCUGGAGAUCUCCUUCCUGAUGGAUGAGUUUGCCAUGCCCCCAAGCCUGUCCAAGAGUGCCUCCUUCCCCUGCCUGCUGGAGAGCACUGCUGGGGAGGAAGAGAAGGAGGCUGAGCGGGAGAGCCAGGGGAGCGGGACAGGAGCCAGCGAGGAGCCCAUUGAGCUCCCAUCGGGAGACGACUUCGAGCCAGGGCUCCAGGAGCUCAUAAGAGGCCCCAGCAGUCAGCCUUCCGAAUCCUCCCUGAAGGAAGGGGAAAGCCCCAGACUGAGCUGCCUGAACUCGUCCUCGUCCACACUGGGGGGAGAGGCGGAAGAAGUAAAGUUCUCCACGCCACUGUCCUGUGCCUCGAGCCGGCUGCCCGUGUCCCCUCCGUACCUGAUCUCAGACUUGGAGGGGAUGGAGGAAGAGGAGAUGAAGGCCGAGGCGGAGGAGUUCGGAGUAGAUGAGGGGACGGGCUUCGAGAUGCCGCCUCCCCCCGCUCCGCUCUUCAGAGACCCACUACAGGACGACACGGGCCUCUUCGUGACCGAGCAGGUGGCAUCUGCAGACGACCGCCUCAAGUCCAUCUCGGCCUGCUUCAAGCAAGAGCUGAAGGACAUCAUCCUGUGCAUCUCACCCAUCAUCACCUUCCGGGAGCCCUACCUCCUGACGCCGGCCGGCUUGCGCUGCCCAAGCCGCGACUACUUCCCCGAGCACGUCUACCUCUCGCCACUCCUCGACAAGGACUUCAAGGAGCUCGACGGGCGCCGCAAGCGCCUCCUGCUGAAGGAGCCGUCCGCCGGCGCCGGCGCCUCCCUGAGCAACGGGGCUCCGCCGCAGCCGCGCCCCGUCCUGCAGCUGCCCUCCCACCGGCUCACUACGGCCCGUCUGGCCCAGCAGCUGGGCAGCAGCCAGGAGCUGGCCCGCAUGCUCGCCGACUACCGCGCCAGGGGCGGGCGCCUCCGGCAGCGGGACGCUGACCCCUUCGCAAACUCCGCACAGGCUAACCAGGCUGCCAGGGUGCCGGCAAAGGCUGACAGUGAGGAGGAGAAGGGGCCAGGGCAAGGCGACGUGACCUGGGCCACCAAGGGGCAGAUAGACUGCCUGAAUCCAGUAAAUCAUCAGCGACUGUGUGUGCUGUUCAGCAGUUCCUCAUCCCAGUCUCAGAAUGCCCCAAACCCCUGUGUCAGUCCCUGGAUUGUGACGAUGGAAUUUUAUGGAAAGAAUGACCUGACACUUGGUAUAUUUCUGGAAAGAUACUGCUUCAGGCCCUCUUAUCAGUGUCCCAGCAUGUACUGCGAGACUCCCAUGGUGCACCACAUCCGGCGUUUCGUCCACGGCAGCGGCUGCGUCCAGAUUGUUCUGAAAGAGCUGGAUUCCCCCGUGCCUGGAUACCAGCACACCAUCCUCAACUACUCCUGGUGCCGACUCUGCAAGCAGGUAACUCCAGUGGUCCCCUUGUCCAACGACUCCUGGUCCAUGUCCUUUGCCAAGUAUCUGGAGCUGCGUUUCUACGGCCACCAGUACACGCGCCGCGCCAACGCCGAGCCCUGCGGCCACUCCAUGCACAAAGACUACCACCAGUACUUCUCCUACAACCAGAUGGUGGCCUCCUUCAGCUACAUCCCGGUGAGACUGUUGGAGAUCUGUCUGCCUCCGCCUAAGAUCUCCAUCAGGAACCAGGGCCCCAGCAAGAGCAGCCUGCAGCAGGACCUCAAAGACUUCUCUCAGAGGGUGACGCAGGUGUACGCCGCAAUAGACGACCGGCUCACCUCCCUGAAAACGGAAACCUUCAGCAAAACCCGAGAGGAGAAAAUGGAGGACCUGUUUGCCCAGAAGGACAUGGAGGAGGUGGAGCUGCGCAGCUGGCUGGACAAGCUGCAGGCUCGUCUGCAAGCUUCGGGCGCCGACUCGCCGCAGCAGCUGCAGGCCGUGCUGGAGUCACUGAUCAUAAAGAAACAGAAUCUGUGUGAGGCCCUGCAGUCUUGGAACGGCAAACUGCAAGAUCUUUUCCAGCUGGAGAAGGGCAGGAAGCGCUUGUCUGUUCCACCCAGUCCCGGCAGACACAGACAGACCACCGCUGAUGACAGCAAGACUAGUGUUCUGGAGUCCUCCCCUCGUAACCCCUCCCCUGUGGUACAGAAUGGGGAGAAAGAGGACCGUCACCUCAGCACCCUGCCCUCAGGCUCCGGCUCGUCAUCCCUGCUGCAGCUCCCGUCGCCCGCAGAGCAGUGCUCAGAGCCGUUAACGUCUGGACCUUCCUUCGCUGACCAGGACUCCAUCAGCAUCCCUGAGGAUGUGUUUGAUGGACACUUGCUUGGCUCUGGUGACAGUCAAGUGAAGGAGAAGACCACCAUGAAAACCAUCCUGGCCAACCUGCUGCCAGGAAACAGUUAUAACCCCAUUCCUUUCCCGUUCGACCCAGACAAGCACUAUCUGAUGUAUGAGCACGAGCGAGUGCCCAUUGCGGUGUGCGAGAGAGAGCCCAGCUCCAUCAUUGCCUUCGCUCUCAGCUGCAAGGAAUACAAAACCGCACUGGAAGAGCUUUCGAAGACCACACUUAAGCCCCCUGGGGACGACGGCUCCCAGACCCUCAGCUCCGGAGAGACCAGGGCGAAGAGCAGUCCAGCCAAGGUCAAUGAGGGCAGCAGCUCCCAGCCGGGCCGCAGCAGCGUGGACGCCGACGCCCUCAAGGACCCUGAAAGUGGUGACAAACAGAUGAAGCAGUUGGGAAACCCUCACAUUGAGCUGCAGUUCUCAGACACCAGUGCAAGGUUCUACUGCCGCAUCUACUAUGCAGAGGAGUUCCACAAGAUGCGGGCCGAAGUGAUGGAGAGCACGGAGGAAGACUUUGUCCGCUCGCUCUCACACUGCGUCAACUGGCAGGCGCGAGGCGGCAAGUCCGGGGCCGUCUUCUAUGCCACUGAAGAUGAUCGCUUCAUCCUGAAGCAGAUGCCCAGGUUGGAAGUGCAGUCUUUCCUGGACUUUGCCCCCCACUACUUCAUCUACAUCAACGGUGCAGUUCAGCAGAAGCGGCCAACGGCGCUUGCCAAGAUUCUGGGAGUCUACCGCAUCGGCUACAAGAACUCGCAGAACAACACGGAGAAGAAGCUUGACCUGCUUGUGAUGGAGAACCUGUUCUACGGACGGAAGAUGGCGCAGGUGUUUGACUUGAAGGGCUCGCUACGGAACCGCAACGUGAAGACGGAGCAGAGCAAGGAGAGCUGCGAGGUGGUACUGCUGGACGAGAACCUGCUGAAGCUGGUGCGGGACAACCCGCUGUACAUCCGCUCCCACUGCAAGGCCAUCCUGCGCGCUGCCAUCCACAGCGACGCCUACUUCCUCUCCAGUCACCUCAUCAUCGACUACUCGCUGUUGGUGGGCCGCGACGACACCACCGGGCAACUUGUCGUGGGGAUCAUAGAUUACAUCCGGACGUUCACGUGGGACAAGAAGCUAGAGAUGGUGGUGAAGUCCACGGGGAUUCUCGGAGGGCAAGGUAAAAUGCCCACGGUGGUGUCGCCGGAGUUGUACCGCGCCCGCUUCUGUGAGGCUAUGGACAAAUACUUCCUCAUGGUCCCCGACCACUGGACAGGCCUGGGAGUUAACUGCUGAUUGGCAGAGCUGGGACCAGCCUUGCUGCUAUUACAGAGGGUCCAGGGACUCACCACUGGCUUUGGGAUGUUUCUAAAAACGCGUCCUGCUUAGGUGGGUGGAGUUCAGCACAUCGGCCUCCUGAGGAGCUGAAGGAAUACCAGCGAACAUUCCGCUACUCACAACAUACGGAUUUUAAUCUGUAUGUGCACACACAAGCGGCAGGUGACAUCCUGCCAAAUUUCAUCUUACUUGAAUUACCAAGUCACAGGGUUGUAAAAAGACCCUUUAGGAGUAUCGCACUGAAACAAAUGAACAAGCUAGGUCCCUCAAAGUGUUUACGUAUUUAUAUAUUAAUAAUCAGCGCUACAGACGAUGUAAAUGUUUCUCAUAAAAUGUACAGAUGUAUGUAAUUAAAAGAUUAUUAACACUGUUUGGGUCAGGUUUCUGUUUUCAUGUACUUUUUCUCCAAGUACCUUGUUUUAUAUUGCAAUUCUUGCCAGAUCAACACUGGUACCAGUGAAGUGGAAUUAGUAAAUGUAUUUGAUACAUUUACUUCAGGUAUAUUUCACAGACUGUCGAAACAAAGCCAAAUUCUUCACUGAACACCACCUAAAGCAACAGGUUUCCUUCUGCACUACUGCAUGUUGAUCCUACUACACUCGGUCAUUAUCGUUUUUGCCACUAAUUACUGAUUAGUUGAAUUGAAUGCGAUGUUAAUUAAAAGUUCAAAUCAAUGCAAUAUUGUUUCCAAAGUAAAGAGAUUUUGAAAGCCUAACAUCCAAAUUGCAGAUAGUGUUAAAUGAAAAAAUUCACAACACAUUGUUAAAACAUUUUAUAUUAUAAUUUUACAAUUUAUAUAAAAGGAUGUUUAGAUGACAACCAGCCUUCAGCAUUUCAUACUGUAUGAGAAAGAUGUGGCACCUAGUAAGAUUGUCAUAAUUGGCAAAGCUUAAUCUGCCUGAAUACCAAUAAUACUGUGUCUUUAAACCAGGUAGUUAUCCAAUUCAUGAAAAAUGUUUCAUGUAAUAUGAGUGCAAUUUCUGUAUUGAUGCUGCUGUGGUUAAUGAGUCUGAAUACAGUAUGUGCUACGUACGGCGCUAAUGUCAUGUAUAUUGCGUGUAUAAACACAGCAUGCACACACACACACACCCCAACACACUGGAGAACAGCACACUAAAGAAUCGAGCACCCAUACUUCCUUAAAACACCUUUUCACAUUUUCAUCACUUACAGCUCCCAGAGACAUUACCACACUCAUUUUAAAAACACAAAAACCAAAGUUUAAAAA